CAAUAUUUCCCUCUCGACACAAAAAGUCUCAAUCAGUGCAUUUCUUCUCUCAAAUAAAAUUAAUAAUAAUAUAUUUGUUGUACUACAAAUAAGUGAUAUUUUAGAAUUAAUCAAAAUUAGCAGCAACACAUCAGUAACAUAACGGCAAUGGUCAUGGACGCUUCUCCCUCGCCUCAAUCUGUUGGACGUGAGUUUGUGCGCCAGUACUACACGCUCCUCAACAAGGCGCCGAACCAUCUCCAUCGCUUCUACAACCAGCAAUCGAGCUUCGUGCACGAUGGCCUGGAGCCCAACAACCGCGAGUCGAGCCUGGUGAUUGGCCAGAAGCAGAUCCACAACCGCAUCCAGCAGCUCAACUUCCGCGAUUGCCACGCCAAGAUCAGCCAGGUGGACAGCCAGGUGACUCUGGGCAAUGGCGUCGUGGUGCAGGUGACCGGGGAGUUGUCCAACGACGGGCAGCCGAUGCGCCGCUUCACGCAGACCUUCGUCCUGGCCGCCGAGACGCCGAAGAAGUACUAUGUUCACAAUGACAUCUUUCGCUACCAGGACGUGUACUCGGACGACGAGGCGGACGCGGACAGCGAGCGCUCGGAGAACGACGCCGACGCGGACACCAACGCGGCUGGAGCCGUCGAGGAGACCCCGACCGGUGGGACCAUCCAGCUGUCGCAGCCGCAGGCGCCCAUGUACUAUCCGAUGGUGAGCCAGGGCGCGGCUACGGGCUUGCAGCAGAUCACGCAGACGGUGCAGAUGAACGGCGUGGUGCACGACGAGAUGCUGCAGAGCUUGCCGACGGCCACGCUUCUGCCCGUGUCGCCCAGUUCGGGCGCCGUGGCUGGCGCGCCGCUGGUGCCGCCGAGCGCCAACUCCGGCGUCCUUCCGCUCGAUCCGACCGUGGCCGCCGCCCAGGCCACGCUGCCGCUCGCUCAGGCUGCCGCCAAGGACCCCACCAUGCAGCUGCCCGCCGUGGCCGAGGUGAGCGUGAUCGAGGCCGCGGAGAAGGCCAAGGCAGUGGCCGCUGCGGCCGCGGCCGAGGAGCCCGCCAAGGAGCUGAAGGAGGACGGCCUCAAGGACGACAUGGUGCCGCGCGUGAUGCAAACCGAGACGACGUACGCCAACCUGGUGAAGUCUGGCGGCGGCCCUCCCGGUGGUCUUACCUUCGCUUCGGCUAUGGCUCAGGCCGGCGCCCCGGGGUCCCACGGACCUCUUGGUGUCGGACAGCCGACCGUUCCCGUCUCCCUGACACGACAUGUCACAUCUCCGCCUCCAGUGAAGUAUGAGAACAGCAGCAGUGGCGGCGCCGGCGGCGGUGGUGGCUACCGGGGCCCCAGAGAUGGGGAGCUCGCCGGGGCUCUGCCCCAGCGCAAUCCCGGCAACGUGCCGCCGCGUCAGGUGCGCGAGCGGAGGAGCAGUAACACGAAUCAGGGCGCCUUCUCGGACAUGCAGCAACUCUUCCUCGGCAACAUUCCCCACCAGGCCACCGAAGAGGAUCUGAAGCCGCUGUUCUCCAAGUAUGGCACUGUGCUCGAGUUGAGGAUCCUUAGCAAGCCCUCCAGCGCCGUGAAGAUCGUGGGCAGGCCCCCGCCGCCCAACUAUGGCUUCAUCACCUUCGCGGAUCCUGAGGCGGCCACAGCGUGUCACUCGGAGAACAAUGUCGUGUUCAAUGACGGUUCGUCGGAUGGACAGAAGCUGAACAUUGAGCUGAAGAAGGCAAGACUUCGGAACGAACUGGGAGGCAGCGGCGAGCGGGACAGGCGUGUGAUGGGCGGCGGCGGAAUGCCGGGCAACGGCAUGCGAUCUGGAAUGAACAGCGGUGCCGGAAUGGGCAUUCGCGGCUCCAGCAACACCAGCAUGAUGCGUCCUGGUGGGAAUCGCAGCCUCGGCAACGGCCUACGCGGCAAUAGCUUCAACCGCUCCGACCGGACGGGCCCGAUGGGUCGCGGCGGCGACGGCGAGAGGCCAACCGGGCCCAUCGGCAGCGGCGGCAACACCUAUGUCCGCCGCUAGGGCGGCCACGAGCGGGAGGAGGCAGCGGAGAGGGUGAGAAGGAGAGAGACAGAGAGAAGAGCAGAAGGCGUCCCCGUGAGAGCGAUCUUUGAAUUUAACAACACGCUGAGAGAGAAGCACUGGUGAGAAGACGAUGAGGAGAUCAACACGAGAGACUGGAAAUAGCGCUGAAAUCAGCAUCAAACUUGAAGACAAAACCCUUUUCUUUUUUUCCCUGCCUUAUUGAGCGAAGAUUUUCAGAAAGAGAGAGAGAGAGAGAAAUUAAUUUUGUGAAGUGAGCGCAAUAAGAACUCCUCAUCCAAGAAGCUUUCCAUCUAGCGAAAUAGUAUUUCUUCCUGCGCUCCUUGAGUUCUUUUAACAACCACAUUUCACCUGUCACUAUAACGUUUUUUUUUAUGUAAGAAGAAUUAUUAGGAAAUAUUUAUGUUUAUCCUCGGAGGUGGGAAGAGAACCAAGAAGAAGAAAAAGAAGGUCAGCAGCUCUUUUCUGGCCUGCCUUUGUUUUGCAAAAUUCGCCACAAUGUACUUUUUUAUAUGGGGGGGAAAAGAAACUGAGUGAGGAGCACAAAAGAGAGUUUUAAGUUUAUUUGUUUUGUUACAAACAACAUAUUUCUUCCUAAUUUUAGUCAGUAAAAAAACAGUUGAGAGAAGCAAAAGUGAAUGAGAAAAAGUAAAGUAACGUGAAAAGUGAAAUCCGAUUUUUAGCAGAAAUGAAGAAAAAUCGUCAUUCAAGAGGAAUAAUCUUUAUAAUUUAUAAUUAAUUAUGUGUAAAAAAAAGCAAACCUAUAGUUCUUUUAAUUUAUAAUUUAGAUAAUUUGAUAUAAUAGAAUAAUGAAGGAUAAAAAAAAGCUAAUAAAUGAUAGAAAGAAAGAGGAUAUUUUACGUUAUUUUAUGAUUAUGAUAGAAAAGCAAGAGAAGAGCAAAAUAGUAUCAAGUAUAGUAACUCGUAAGAUUUGUUUACCCUCUUUCCUCACGACUAAUUUUUCCUCCUUUCAAUUUAGGGCUGAAACAGAGUUUAAUAAUUUAGAGAAAGAGAGAGAGAGAGAGAGAGAAGAGAGCGGUGUGUGAAAUGGAGAAUUAAUACCACUAAAUUCUAGGAAAUGAGAGAAAUAUACUUAUGAAAUAAACAAUCUUUUAUAUGCAAUUCGCGAGACUUCAGCAUAUUUCUAAUGUCCUCUGUUUAUGUAAUCUUAGGUAGAUAACUCUUUUUUUUUUAAAUAAAUUUCUCAUCGCGGAUUGUUCAAAGAUAUCUUUUUUAUUUCACUUGUUUCCAUUAACAACAUUGUGUUUCUGUUUGUAGCCAAAAAGAACUAACAAUGAAUCCUCUUUUUUUCAAAAUUGUAGAGCUGGAUCUUUACAAAGGAGAAAAAGGAAAUACUUUUUGGAAAAAUAGAAUGUCAAAAGAGAGAAAAAAAACAAGAGCAAAUUGAUCGGACUAUAUGUAUAAAUGUGUUGUGAUAGUGAAUAUCUUAAGGACACUAUGAAGAAAAAAAACAA